AUCUCUGGCUCAUUGGUCCAACAAGGCAUCACAAUGGGAGAAUUCGAAGACCUGGACAUCCAAAAGUGGAGCAGAAACCCAAGUCAAAGAUUUCAGCAUCUCGGAAACUUUCUCUAAAGAUGAUGCUGCUUAAUAGAGCAAUGGAGGAUUUGGAGAACGAAAAACAGAAGAGAGACGAGGAAAAAAUUCGCUACCUUGAUGAAAAACUCCCUCCUUUGCAAUUCUCUGGACUUUCUCUAAAUGAGCUACAGAAUCUAUGCAAGCAACUCCACGCCAAAAUCGAUGUGGUAGAUGAAGAGAGAUUCGACUUUGAGGAUAAAGUUCACAAGCAUAACAGAGAUAUCAAUGAACUUAAGAUGAAGAUUCAGGAUCUGGGAGGGAAGUUCAAGAAGCCAGCUCUGAGAAAGGUACGCGUGUCGGCUGAUGAGAUGAUGAGGGCCCUGCUGGGCUCAAAACACAAAGGCUCCAUGGACCUCCGUGCAAAUCUGAAGUCAGUCAAGAAAGAGGACAUCAAACAAGAAAAGGUUUUGACCUCUGAGGUGGGUGACUGGCGUAAGAAUGUGGAGGCAAUGUCUGGCAUGGAGGGAAGAAAGAAGAUGUUUGACGCUGCUGGGGGAGGCCAAUGAGCUCAUCUAGGAUGCUGAACUGACUGAAGUCUUUAUGGUUUUGUUGGAUUUUUAAAGUUGCUAUCUAAUCUGUCUAUUUAGCCAUUAUGAUCUAUAUUGUAAGUGUUAGUUCACCCCCCCCCCCAUUGUUUUCGUCAUUUAUUUAGGAUUUAUUUAGGACUUAUAGAAGUAAUUUGGAGAACAACAGGUUAUUUCUUUAACAAAAUAUUUGUGUUUGUAUUCAAAAACUUAAGUCUUAAAUUAGCAUUAAAAGUUGCAUAAUUAAGCAGAA